ACACUGUUGGCGUGGCUCCACCGUCGCUGCUAGCUUAGUUUUGUCCCGACGUGUUCGUGUAACAAAGAUCACAAAGUUUACAGUGAACAUGUCCACCAGCGAUUUUUAUUUGCGGUAUUAUGUGGGACACAAGGGGAAAUUCGGACACGAGUUCUUGGAGUUUGAGUUCAGACCGGACGGAAAACUGCGCUAUGCAAACAACAGUAACUACAAAAAUGACGUUAUGAUCAGAAAAGAGGCAUAUGUACACAAAAGUGUGAUGGAGGAGCUAAAGAGGAUAAUCGAUGACAGUGAAAUCACUAAAGAAGAUGAUGCUCUGUGGCCGCCUCCAGACAGAGUUGGCAGACAGGAACUGGAGAUUGUAAUUGGAGAUGAGCAUAUUUCAUUCACCACCUCAAAGAUCGGAUCUCUUAUUGACGUUAACCAGUCUAAGGACCCAGAAGGCCUUCGUGUGUUUUACUAUCUGGUUCAGGAUCUCAAAUGUCUUGUCUUCAGUCUCAUUGGACUUCAUUUCAAGAUCAAGCCAAUCUAAGUGUUUUUAUUUUCUGCUUAGU